GUUAGACAAUGUUUAAGAGGUAAUCAAAGCAAGUUAACUUUUUGCAUUGAAAUCGUACCUUUUUUAGUUUAUCUAAGUUAGAUAACCUCCUCUUAAUUUAGCCCAGGGUAAGCAAGUCAGUCAGUAUUGUUUGUUUAUGCGUCGAUUGGAUAGUGAAUGAGUUAAGUGAGUGCGAAAUUUCUCACUUGCUCAGACUGCUUCAAUUUAAAACCACCUAGACACACUAAUAAUUAAAAAAAUGCAUGUGGAUAUUAUAUUUUGUUCUAGAAAGUACCCAGUUGUUAACAGAAAAGCAAAAUAUGUCGUCGACUUGUUGAGUGCUGUGGUCAAUUCUCAAGACCAAACCUUUCUCCAUUCCUUGACGAUUACCGUAAGUCGUAAGUUAACAUUGUUUGGGUAAAGCAAAGAAUGGAUGCCAUGGCGUCAUUAGCGUUUUUAUUAAAGUUGCCGGGAAUUAGGGUUCAGGGAUACAUUUGGGGUUCAGGUUAGGUUUAGGUAUACAUUUUCAUUUAGGGUUCAGGUUCGGGCACAUAGGAAUAUUUUUACUAAAUGACUUAAAUUUAGUCUUAGUGACAGAAUUAACUGGUCGUGUCAGUCAAGAUGGCAGCCAUAGGGAAAAACAUGGCAUCCAUUCUUUGCAUUUACUUUACCCAUUUAUUUUUUAUUAAAAUAAAUUGUUUUAGUUCGUUCGUCAAAAUCGAUCAUGACCAUUUUUAAUCAUCGGAUUUGUGUGUUGGGGGUGUUUCUGUGCAGAUGGUUGUUGACAUGUCACAAGACAAAAUGUUCUAAUUUUAGGCAUGUAUUUUGGGCACUCCUCAGAAUGGUGGUCCCAAAUUAAAAAAUAAAAUAUAAUACUAUUCCUUAGAAAUUGUCUACUACUAGUACUAGCCUAAUACUAAUAGUAAAUAGGCACAGAUAAUUGGUGACUUAAAUGUUAAAUGUAUCAUUUUUUUUAAGAUCAUGAUCUUCAUCAGCCUCUUCAUCAGGCAUUUCAUCAUCAUCAUUUCCUGAAGAAAAAGACAUUUAAAAAAAAAGAAUAAGAAAAUGAAAGAAAAAUGCAGUGGCAAGAGAGAAACAAAAGUUAUCUCUGUUGAAUUGCUGUUUUAUAUUUGAUGGUGUUCAGCCGGCCACACUAAUCAAAGCAUACAGUGCCUAUUUUGGCAUUAUUGUGUCAUAGUCAUAAGUUUGUAGAAUGUUUCCUGACAUUAUUUGAAAUUUGAACCAGCCUUUGUGGUCUGCCGGCCAUGGUAUUGUUAACUUUAUAUAAUUAAAAAAGUUAUAAUUAGUCUGUAAACAAAAUUUGAAAUAAAAAAAUUAUGUCACCAAUUAUGGAUUUAGAAAGUACUGAUGUCACUGAUGUUGAUCUUUAUUCUGAUAUAUCAUAAACAUGUUUGCAAGCUGAAAAAUUGUAUGUUUAAAAACUUUCAUUUUAGAAUUAAUUUUUUUAGCUGUUUCCAUCAUUUAACAGCUCGCAAAAAUACAUUUUAUGAAAGCCAAUCCAUUUUAUAAUAAAACUUUUUCCAAUCUGGGAAGUCCCGUUUAUGACACAAACCAGCGAGCGAGUAAGAGUGUUACCUGCUGACUGUUUUUUUUAUAAGCAUUUUAGCCAAACUUAGUGCUUUUACCAUGGAUUUAAAAACUGCCAUAGGUAAGUUGAAACAUCAAUUCUUUCUUAGGUAUCUUUUAUUUAUUUAAAAGACUUCAUUUCUUUAAUGUAUUAGUGAUUUAGCAUCAGCUUAUUGAUGAUUAAUACAUUGUUUCUUGGAAUGAUGUACUAGUAUUACUAGCCUAUUUUAAAGUCUCCUGUAUUUAAUUUACGAGAAUGGAGGCAUGGUAUCUAUAUUGUAUCCAUUCAAUUUGUUUAGAAGGUGCAUUUGAUAAUUGAACUGUCAAGCAAAUUAUUAUCGAUUCCAGCAAAGUAUAGCAUUCUAUUUUGGGUCACAGUAUUUAGUUCCCAAGGGAGAAUAUGGCCUGCAUUAUUUUUAGGUGUAGUGAAUUUUUAACAGGAAAUUAUCAGCUAAUCCAUUUUAUAAAUAAAGUUAUAUGGUAAGAUGCAUAAGAAAGUGAUGUAAUGUUAAUUAUUCUUGUUUUAGGUAAUAAAUAUCGUUUUAAAUAAUAGUAGCCUAAUGUUUCUUCCCCUCUUUUGUAAAUUUCAGAGACCAAAAUUAAUCUUUCUGAGCUGAGUAUAAUUAUAAUAUAGUUAUUGGCCUACUAAUGACUAUAUAUAUUUAGUUGUAUUUAUAUGGCAAAUAGGAUGCAGUUAAAUUCUAUUAUAGAUGUUUGUUUUAAUUUUCAUAUUUCAAUAAAUGAAUCUUAAAACAUCUUGUUUGUAAACUUGCAACAGAAAGCAGCACACAAGAAAAGGAAGGCUCAGUACACUGCCCUUAGUUCAAAUCAGACUGUCAGCAAAAACAUGUUACUUAGCCACUGGUGCUGGUUAGUGGUAGUAGCAAUAAAAUUAUCAGUAAUUUGUGCAUUUUGUUAUUACAUUUCUAGCAAUGAUAUCAUAAUUAUAAGUUGACUAUUACAAUAAAAUCAUGAUGUUACCGUAUUACAUUGUUAUUGCUAGCAAAGACAAGAUAAUAAAUUCUAAAUUAACUAUUAUCCGAACUACCCAUAUUAAAAUCAUGAUGUUAUUUAUGACAUUACUAGCAAUAACAUGAUCAUAAAUGCUUGUUCAGUUAAAAUCAUGAUAAUACAAAUCUUCUUUGGAAUAUUCACAGGAUGUUGAUGCAUGGAUUGUGGAGAUUUGUCUGGAAACACCAGUGUAAGGAAAUGUUUCCAGAUCCAUUCAGACAUGCAAAUAGAGGCAUGAGACUUCAAAUAACUUAUGAACUUAUAUAUUAUAUGUUUAUCUACUUUGUCAUACAACUUUUAGUAACUGUACUCAAUUGCAGCUUUCAAUAUUACAUUUAUACAAAUUAACCAUAUUGUAAAUUCUUAAUUUUGGGUUUGAAAGUACCCUUUAAAAAAUAUUUCUUAAGCAUUAUUUUUAUUUUUUAACCUGAGUGUUUAUUUCUAAUUCAAAACAUUAUCAGUUUCUACAAUAUGGUGAACAAUUUUUUUAGAUAUCUCACUUGUUAAAUCUUUAGAGUUUUAUUAAAUAUUCUAUAAAAUUCUAAUUUUGUGUGACCAUGCUUAGUUAAGAUAAUUCUAGUUAAUUAUAAUUUAUCCUCUGCCAGUUAAUGUCACAGUAAUAACAUUUAUAUUUCCUUCAAAAUUAUCUAAAAAUAAUAUUUCUUAUUCAUUUAGUUAAUUUUUAAAGAUUUUUUAAAAACUAACUAAAAUUAAAAAUUGUCUUUUUGUCUCACUUUUCAUAAUUUGUCAAAUUGUUAUUCAGCUCAUUUUUGUGUGAAUAAAUUUUUAAGUUACAUCUUUGUGACAGCCCUGAAAGAAAUUGAGUAUUUUUAUAUGUAAGGUAUAACUGGCUGUGUGUGCAAAAAAUAUGAAAGUUCCAACUUAGUUAUUUUAGAAGCUAGCAGGUGUCAAAACUACACAUUCGAGUCAUUGAAAAUUUGACCCUUUUCCCGAGUUUUUACAAAUUCAUAAUUUUAUUAAAAUUGAAUAGAGAGAAUUAAAAUUGGUGGUUCUGUUCUGAUUAAGCCAAGCUCUAUUCAGGAUAAUUGUUGAAUUUAAUUAUGAAAUUUUCAUUUAGAAUACCUACUUUAUGUGUAGUGCCAGGCUAAAAAGUAAUUUCAUAAAUAUAUUAAUUAAUUUACAUUAAAUAAAACAUUUUAUUUAGAAUUAAUGGAGGUAAAGAUGUAUAGGUCAUACGUGAAAAAAAAAGCCAAAUAUAGUGACUAACUUUGGCAUGGAACCGUAAAGGAUCAAGAGGACAAAGAAGACAUUAAAACAUCCGGAGAGGAAAUGUCAACAAAUAUGUAACAAAGAUUGGAAAGAUUUAUAAAUAAGAUAAAAGUUAAUUUUUAUAUUUAUAAUUUAGAGGAUUAUUUUAAAAAAUGUCUACAAUCAACUUAUUUUCUUUACCCUUCCCAGGAGGAAAUCAAAUCUUCUUUUUAUGUUUUAUGCAAUGGUAGAAAAGUCUCCUAUGGGACUUCUCUGGAGGAUGGUAGAACAUAUCAUAUUGUUCCAAGAUUGCUUGGGGGUAAAGGAGGUAUGUUAAAACUUAGCUUUUAAAGAAUAGAUAUUAUCUACUGCUGUUAUUUUAUUUGCGGGCCCCCCCCCCACCCCCCCCCACAAAAACCUCAGCAGUUGGCCAAAAAAUGUAUAUUUAUAAUAGUGCAGGUCAGGGCUGACCACCCCCUUUCCUAUGCUAGUGAUUUGCCCUGCUGUGUGGGACAAUUGUGAAUGCAUUGGAAAAACAGAUGACCCGUUUAAAACCAAAAUUCCAUAAACUGGUUAUGAAACCCAUUUCCAGAAAAAAACUAAAUUAACAUCCCUAUUCCUAAUCUGUAAAACUUAUAAGUGUAAAAAUUAUCUCAUAUACUUAACUAAACAAUACUCUUAGGCUACUCCAUGACAUGGCUUAAACAAUACUUUUAGGCUACUCCAUGACAUGGCUAAGUAAACCUCACUUUUAUGUGUGAAGGUUCAUUCAGAGUGCCAAUAUAAUGAAAAGUUAACCAGCCUAUGAAGACACUUGUCUAUAAUUUAACUGUGCCACUGUUAUUUUAUUUUGAUCUUUUCUAUUGUUGCAAGCUUGUGAGAAAACUAACUAUGCAACUUUUUGUACCUUAUUGUUUAGUAACUAUGUUUAAAUUUAAAGUUUUACAAUGUCAAUUUACAGUUCAUUGAGUUAUUAACCAUUUUUAAAAUGUGUUGUAGUAUGAAUUAUUAGAUAGCAUUAACUUACACAGCAUUAUAAUCUACCAUGUAGGCUUUGGGUCUAUGCUGCGAGCUAUUGGUGCUCAGAUUGAGAAGACAACAAGCAGAGAGGCUUGCAGAGAUUUGAGUGGUCGAAGGAUGAGAGACAUCAACAAUGAAAAAAAGUAAGCUAGCGCAAGAUAAUGAUUCUUCAAGUAAACUUAACAAUUAAACCAAAAAGAGUCUUUGUUUAAAAACUGGAAUAUUAUUUGUAUGGUUUUUAAAAAAAAAAAGAAGAAAGAAGACGGCUGAUCAUAUUACUGCUAUAUAUUUAUUUCAAUCUUAGACUUAAGGAAUGGUUAGCCAAGGAAGCAGAACGAGAGCGAGAUCGGGAAACACGGAAACAAGAGCGUCUUGCCAAGCAGUUAGCCCCAACACAGCACAAAUUUGAUGACCCGGAAUAUCAUGAGCAACGGACUAAAGUACAAGAAGAUUUAGAGGAUGCAUUGAGCAAAGGUCAUUAAAAUUAAAAACAGUUUCAUGUCAAAAUUAGAUUUAGAAAAAUGGAAUAGGUUUUAGCAGUCCCUUUGGCUUAGAUUAUUUUUCUUUAAUAGAGCAUAGCAGAAGUUGAACGAAUCUUUUUUUACUUCAAAAAAUAAAAUAGAAGAGCCUCCAAAUAUUGCUGUUUGCACAAAGUUGAAGGAUUCUCUUUUUAACCCACGAACUGUGGUCGCCCGAGCACGGUCCGAUAGCAACUUCCAAUCCAAUAUUUAACGGUAAUUAUAGCCACGUCCUUUUAUUAAUAAUUAAAUCAUCUUCCGGUUCAAGCUGUUUCGUGAUAACUUGAAAAUAAAUAAAUUUUAAUCGGAGUUUUAUAUCGCUGUUUUUUUAAAAGCUAAAAUGUUUGAAGCCCUGGCGGGGCCUUCAGUGCAAGAACUAAUAGAAAUAUUUUUGAAAUCUUUUUAGGAGAGGUUUUAAGUGAUACUUAUGAUGAUUUUAACAUUCCCCAUGACGAAAUCAGUUGAGAUUAUUCUUCUUGUGAAUUUUAUACUAGUCUUAGUGAUACUGAAGUAGGCCUACUGAGGCUACUGUUAGACUUCGAGCCAGGCCCUGAGGUUGGGCAAGGACUGACUGAAUUUUAGUCACAGAAGGUACAGAUUAUAGUUCAGAACUAAUAAAUUUUAUAGUUAAACAACCCAAAUCAUUUCCACAGUUCCUUUUUAAAUGUUUACUAGUCAAUAAUAACUAUUUUGCCUGAGAUUUCAUAUUUUGUACUUGGUUUUAGCAGUGGUCCCAGUUUCACAUGUAAAUGACAUAACAUAACUAAAAUUGCUUUUUAGGGGUUUAAUUGCAAUCAAAACCUUAGCAAACUAUACAUUUUCUUAAAGAUAAAUGAAUUGGCUACAACAUUUAGAUUUGUGUUUUAAGUGCAUGUAUCUAUAAAAAUUUAUGUUGCGAGCACUUGAAAGCAAGACAUUUUGUCAAAUUUUUUUUCCUUGAGAACUCCAAGGUCAAGGACACUGAGCAAAAUUUUUUUUACUGGGUGGGCAAUAUGGUCAACUUUAUCCCCAUCCAUUUACCUUUCUAAAAAUAUAUACAUAUAGGGAUCUUGUAUCAAUAUUUCUAUGUCAUUUAAUGCAAUUUCAAAUGGCACUCAAAACGCUCUGAAAAGCUCCACACCACAGAAUGAUGCAUGCCACAGUUCGUGGGUUAAUAAAAAACAAAGCAAAUAAAAAAAACCAACCCAAUAUUGCUGUCAGUGAAUGUGCAUAGUACUAAUAACAAAACAAAUUAUUUAAUAUUUUAUUCUUUUAUUUCACUAGCUCUUGUUGCAAAAAUAAAAAAAAAAAAGUACCUGUAACCAAAAUUGUAAUGGUACAUCCACUCACUCUUUAAAAAAAUAAUCCAGUUUAAAAAAUAAAUACUCUUAAAUAAAUAUAAUGUUGGUUUUAUGUAUAUCCAGGCUUAAAAAGAAAACAAGAAAAAACUAAUGAUAGCGGUCCUUCAUCUUCUAAGAAGUCAAAGCAAAUUGGAAGCAGCUCAAAAACAGAAUGGUUUGUAUAUUUUUUAUUUAAUACUUUUAAAGUUUUAUGUAGUAUCAAUAAAUAUAAUUUAAAAAUUAUUUAGGAAACAGUCUUGAAAAAAGACAUAUUUUCCUCAUGAAUAUUUUUUUUUUCUCACAUUUAAAACAUUUUAUAUGUAUCUCAAAUCAAGAUUUAAUUAUCAUAGGCUCGGUGCAGACCUCGACUCUGAUGAUUUAGACAGUAAUCCAGACGAUGAAGCUAAUCCUGGUGAUCUUAGUUCUUGGACUGAAAGUUCUGAAAACCCUGGUUACAUAGUCAAGAAUACGGAAGCAGAUGACAGUCAGUCUAGUUCAUCAGUUAAGCAAGAACUGAUUAGUGUGGUGUCAGACGAUCAGACUGUACAAUCAUCCAGACACAGUGAUGAAGAAAUUAGUUGUAAAACUGAGUUAAAUGAAACUUGUGAACUUUCUUCUACCAAAUCUACAAACAGUGGCUCCUCCCCCAUAAAUCUGGAUGAUUUCAAAAGUAGUCAAGAGUUGGCACAGCUUGGAUUAGAGGUUUUGAAAAAUGCACUAAUGGUUAGAGGCCUCAAGUGUGGUGGGACACUGCAGGAGCGAGCUGAAAGAUUGUUUUUAGUAAAGGGAUUGACAAUCGACCAAAUUGAUCCUUCACUGUUUGCAAAGUCCAAAGGCAAGGGUAAAAAGUCAAAAUAAAGUGGUUUUCAGUUUGAAGUGCACAAAAAUGAAAAAAAAUGUUGUUUUUAUUUAUGAAACAAAGAGAUGUGGUGGACAAAAAUGUUUUUAAAAAUCAAUUUUAUUAAAAAAAAACCUUAUCUCCUUAUGAUGAUUAGUUGUUAGAUAAAUAUGUUAUGCAAAAAUUUUUUUUUAAAGGCAUUGCUAGAGUUGGGCAAAUUUUCAUAUCCACAAUUUGAAUAGAAGUAAAAGAAGAAUAUUGCCUGCAACUGUAAUAAAAUUUUAAAGCUAAAUUAUUACUGACAUGCCAUUUUCUAUUGGAAAUGAUUUGUAACUAGGCUUGUGUCAAAAGUUGCUAACAAUGGACAUUCUUCAGAUUAAUGGGUCUAAUCAACCAAUAAUUAAGAGAUAAUCUGUAGUUUAAAUUAAAUUGAAAGUUCUCAUUUAAAAAUAAAUAGUAAGUUAUAAAAUAUCUUGGUUGAAAAAAUGUAUAAUUAAUAAUUAGAGUUAGAGAUUACAUAGUUGAGAAUGGACAAAUUGGCAUUAGCUGUGUGUAGUUCAACAAUUUUUGAAAGUGAAGAAAUUGCAAAAAGUUAUAAUUCAUAAUCACAUUUCAAUGAGUUCAAUAAAUAAUAUAUUAAAAAAAAUCACAGAUUGCUCUCAAUGAUAGUAAGAUAUCACAACCAUUGAUAGAGACUCCAGAUUAUUGUUCAAUAUUGUGUUAAAUAUUUUUCAUAAAUAAUACCAAUGACAGUAUCACACAAUGACAGUAAUCACACAAAUAACACUACUGACACUAUCACACAUUUUAAGCACUAAAGCUGAGACCUUCACCCUUAAUGAUAAUAUUGAUUUCAACGGAUUGAAAACAAAUUGUUAGCAAUUAAAUGUUAAAGAUAAAAGAAAUUUUCAAAAUCACAUAAAUGGGUUGUGAAUAAAUAAUGGGCACAAAAUCUUUAUUGUGAUUGUUCAAAUAAUGGGAUCUAUGUCAACAAAAUUUGCUGCUGGUGUUAAUGUAGUUACCGGUACAUUACAUUAUUACAACAGUUUAUAUUUUGAGGUUCCUAAGUAAACUCAGAGCUGUUUACUCUUACGAUUUUGGCGUACAAUGUAAGAUUUCGAGGUGUAUCCAUUAUACAUACUGUAUGUUUAUUUUUUUACUAUUAAGAUCUUGUAUUGAAAAUUUUGCUAUGAUAUUGUACGAUUUUAAGAGUUUGCAGGUAAACAGGUCUGCGUACUCAAAAUAAGUUAAGCAGCAAAAUGUAAAGCACAGUAAAUUCUGUUUUUUUCAAUGGCUCAAAAAGUUGAAACAUUGUGCACAAAACCCCGACUUCAUUUCUAUAAGUUGAAGUACCCGUAAAUAAAUUAUAAUGUAAAAAUUGAAGAAUGUGAAUGAUUUUCCUUUCUCAGUUAAUUUAGAACCCAUUGUCUCCUAGUUGCUUCUGUUAUUGAUCAGAUUUGCCAGUAUCUACAGUCAAACUUUCUGAUUGUUGAUACAAUUUGCUAGUGUCUACAUUCAAACUAUCUGAUUGUUGACACAAUUUUCCUCGAGCAAGCCUACACAAUUUAUUUAUAAAACAAAUCCCAAUUUUCUGUACACAUCUGGAUUUCUUAGCCUUACAGUGUGGUUCCACGCGUUGAUGGUCUGGCUCAUCAGUUUUCAUCUGCUCUAUGUCAUUUGAUAUCGCACUUGCCACGUCUGUAAGCUUUCCUUUUCUAGAACUAUCCAGUGAUUCUACACUGGCACACCAGGUCACGGAUCUUUUUUUAUCUCUGUUAAAAGCUGCUGCAAUGCACGUUCCUUGUUUAGCCUGAUCAUUUUGUUUGGGUAAGACGCUGCUAUUGCCUAUUUCUGUGCCAGAUUUCAGAGAAUAGGAGUUGUUUGUUUUCAUUCUAUUUCCUUUCUUCUCUGCUGUCUGAACAAUCGUGAAAACAUUUUUGUUUGAAUUAUUGUCUACAUUAUUAUCACGGGUGAUUUCCAAAGUUCCACUACCGGUAUUUUGUACGGACCUCCCCAACCAAUUCUUGUGAGUUGAUGGUGAAGCUUUCUUGGAUAUAUUAUUGGCAGUGUUUGUCAUCUGUAAGCUUGACUGAGCUGUACUUGAGUGUUUGAAUUGAGAUAUGGAUGCCAUAUUACAGAGCUGAAAAAUAAAUGUGAACGUUUCAAUUUGUUGAAUAAUUAUUAAACAUUAAGGCUUAA